AUGAGGAGACCUGUUCCUACUAUCCGCUUGGAAGCCUCGAAGGCACCCAACCUGAGACCUGAGACAGCUAGACAACGUGCAAGUACUGGAGAUGCGAAGGAAGGAUACGAUGUUCUACAUUCAUUCGUUGGGCUACUAGAGACAACACAGCAACAGCUUGCAGAAGAGCUCGCUACAGCGAUUACAGGCAGCGAGGAGACGCUGAAUAACCGCCUCGACACUAUGACUGCUGCGUACGUCAGAAGAGCAGAUCAGUUUCAGACUGAUUGCGAGAAAACCUUUGCCUUUGCCCCAACCCAGAACCCAGCUUCUACACUUCCCAUCGAGGACCCUUGUGUGAAAUUUGACUCCGUGAGCGUUCUUGGAAUUGACCGGGAUAAAUUUGUACGCGUAGUGGAUUCCCACAACCGGUCCUUGGAUCGGCUAUGGGCUGAAUGGGAGAAGGUACAGCAGAAAAUAGCCUGUCUUUCUGUCGAGGUUCUCGGUAUGGAUGGCGCCGGUGUUGGCAAGGAUUCUAGCAAGAAGGUGAUGAAGAAGAAAAUACACCGUGCCACUACUCUAUUCCGCAAACAACUCUCCGAACAAGAAGCCAUGCUUGGGGAGCUUCAGAAGCAGGAUCAAGACAUCUCAGCAAUGACAGAAAAUACGGUCAAGCAGCUACGGGCUCGACAGAAGGUACAAUGCCAUCCAUACUCCAUUAUUCGAUCUGCCCAUCUGUGA